GCCCGCCGCGCCGCGCCGCGCCGCCGGCCCCAAAUGGAUUAUCUGCGGCUGGUGCUCUCCUGCCUCGUCCCCCUGCACGGCUGCCUGGCCGCCGGCAGUGCCCCAGAGCUGCUCCUGUCCGGCAAACUCAGCGAGUAUGGUGUGAUCGUUCCCUUCAGCGCCGAUUGCCGGGGUCGCUUCCUCUCGCACGUGGUGUCCGGCGAGGCGGCGGGGAUUGGCGAAGCCGCCUGUCCCCCGUCCCUGCGCCCGUCCCGCCGCCGUGUCCCACGCAGCCCCCCAGAUGAGUCCCCCCAGCGCCGCGGGGCCGGCGGCCGCUUGCUCUACUUCAACGUCACGGUUUUCGGGAAGGAGCUGCACCUCCGGCUGAGGCCCAACCGGCGGUUGGUGCCGGUGGGCGCCGUGGCCGAAUGGCAGGAGGAUUUUGAGGUGCUUUUCCGGGAACCCCUCCAACAGCGGUGCCUUUUCACCGGCGACAUCUCCGGCAUGCCCGGAGCCGCCGUGGCCAUCAGCAACUGCGACGGACUGGCUGGCCUGAUUCGGACAGACAGCAACGAGUUCUUCAUCGAGCCCCUGGAGAGGGGGCAGCAGGAGACGGAGGAGCACGGGAGGGCACACGUGGUGUACCGCCGGUCGGCCAUCCGACAGGACGGCGCCGAGCCCCGCCAGGACCUCCACCCCAAAGCGCCCGGCGUGCGGGUGGGCGAUCUCCCCAACUCCCUGGAGCUGAUGACGGAGCGGCUGGGGGACGCGGAGCGCAAGAGGCGUCACGCCAGGAAGGACGACUACAACAUCGAGGUCUUGCUGGCGGUGGACGACUCGGUCGUACGCUUCCACGGGAAGGAGCACGUCCAGAACUACGUCCUCACCCUCAUGAACAUAGUGGAUGAAAUUUAUCACGACGAGUCCCUGGGCGUUCACAUCAACAUCGUGCUGGUCAGGAUGAUCAUGGUGGGAUACCGCCAGUCAGUCAGCCUGAUAGAGCGAGGGAACCCGUCUCGGAGCUUGGAGCAGGUCUGCCGCUGGGCUCAUUCGCAGCAGCGCUCCGACCCGGAGCAUGCCGAGUACCAUGACCACGCUGUAUUCCUCACCAGGCAAGAUUUUGGUCCCGCAGGUAUGCAAGGCUACGCACCGGUGACGGGGAUGUGCCACCCGCUCCGCAGCUGCACCCUCAACCACGAAGACGGCUUCUCCUCGGCAUUCGUUGUCGCCCACGAGACUGGCCAUGUGUUAGGCAUGGAGCACGAUGGCCAGGGCAACCGCUGCGCCGAUGAGACCAGCAUGGGGAGCAUCAUGGCACCGCUGGUCCAGGCCGCCUUCCACCGCUACCACUGGUCCCGCUGCAGCAAGCAGGAGCUCAACCGCUACAUUCACUCCUACGACUGCCUCCUGGACGACCCCUUUGAGCACCAGUGGCCCACGUUACCCGAGCUGCCGGGCAUUAACUACUCCAUGGACGAGCAGUGCCGCUUCGACUUCGGUGUGGGCUACAAAACGUGCACGGCGUUCCGCACCUUCGAUCCCUGCAAGCAGCUGUGGUGCAGCCACCCGGACAACCCUUACUUCUGCAAAACCAAGAAGGGGCCACCCUUGGACGGGACCGAGUGCUCUCCGGGCAAGUGGUGCUUCAAGGGUCACUGCAUCUGGAAGACGUCGGAGCAGCCUUACAGCCAGGACGGCAGCUGGAGCUCCUGGUCCAAGUUCGGCUCGUGCUCCAGGACCUGUGGGGGAGGCGUGCGCUCACGCAGCCGGAGCUGCGACAACCCGCCCCCGGCGUAUGGCGGGCGCCACUGCCCAGGAGCCACCUACGAGUACCAAGUGUGCAACGCCGAGGAGUGCCCGGGGCCCUACCAGGAUUUCCGUGCCCAGCAGUGCUCCAAGCGCAACUCCUACUACACCCACCAGAACAGCAAGCACGCCUGGCUUCCCUACGAGCAUCACGACGAUGCUCAGAAGUGUGAGCUGAUCUGCCGGUCCGAGGGAACGGGGGACGUGGUGUUCAUGAAUCAGGUUGUUCACGACGGUACCCGGUGCAGCUACCGAGACCCCUACAGCAUCUGCGUCCGGGGCGAGUGCGUGCACGUUGGCUGUGACAAGGAGGUCGGCUCCCUGAAGCAGGACGACAAGUGCGGGGUCUGUGGGGGGGACAACUCCCACUGCCGGACGGUGAAGGGCACGCUGGCCAAGACCCCCAAGCAGCCGGCAGGUGUUUUGAAGAUGUUUGAGAUUCCAGCCGGGGCGAGGCAUCUUCAGAUAGAAGAGGUGGAGCCGGCAUCCCACAGCAUCGCUGUUAAGAAUCAAGCCACAGGUAACUUCAUCCUUAACGCCAAGGGCAAAGAAGCCAAAAGCCAAGUGUUCAUUGAGAUGGGCUUGGAGUGGGAAUACACCGUUGAACAUGGCAAGGAGAGCCUGAAAACCAGCGGUCCUCUGCACGAGGCCAUCAGCGUUUUGGUCAUCCCUCAGGAGGAGGAGGCGAGGAGCAGCCUGAUGUACCGGUACAUCAUCCAUGAAGACCUGCUGCCCAUGAUCGGAAACAACAACGUCCUGCUUGAGGAGAUGGAUUCCUACGAGUGGGCCCUCAAGAGCUGGUCUCAGUGCUCCAAGGCGUGCGGAGGAGGCAUCCAGUACACCAAGUACGGCUGCCGGCGGAAAAGCGACAACCGGAUGGUGCAUAGAAACUUCUGCGACAACGGCAAGAAGCCGAAGCCAAUCCGGCGGCGUUGUAACCUCCAGGAGUGCUCCCAGCCAGCCUGGGUGGCCGAGGAAUGGGGUGCCUGCAGCAGGUCCUGCGGCAAGCUGGGGGUGCAGGCGCGGGCGGUGCAGUGCGUGCAGCGCUUGCAGGACGGCACCAACCGAACCCUGCACACCAAAUACUGCACCAGCCAGCGGCCCGAGACGCGUCGGCCCUGCAGCCGCCUGCCCUGCCCCGCACAGUGGAGGACGGGCGCUUGGUCGGAGUGCUCGGCGAGCUGCGGGGAAGGCGUCCAGCAGCGGCAGGUGGUAUGCAAAGGCAGCGAGAGUGGUGGGCGCUGCGAGGGGGACAAGCCGGAGGCCGUCCAGGGUUGCCACGUGGCCCUCUGUCCGGGAAACCUCUCCAGCAUCACCGCCAGCGCCGACGCCGACCACCACGGCACGCACAAAGGGCAGCGGGUGCCCCAGGACGGGGCCAAAAAUCCUGUUAGCAAGAUCUCCUCCAGGGAGCCUUGCCUUGGGGACAAGUCCAUCUUCUGCCAGAUGGAGGUCCUGGCUCGCUACUGCUCCAUCCCCGGCUACAACAAGCUCUGUUGCGAAUCCUGCGGCAAGAAAGCCUCCUCCACCACCGGCUCGCCCCCGGCCACCGGCCCCAGCGCUCCCCCGGGAACCGCGGCUCCCAGCCCCGCUCCGCCGCUCUCCCCCGACCCCACCGCCCCUGCACGGGGGGGACCCGGUGUGGACCCCACGCCGGCACCUCGGGCCGGGCCAGUUGCCGGUGGAGGAGGGAUGCCCAGCAGCGGUGCUUUCCCCGGGGGGCUGCCAGCCCUGAGGGAGCCAGGCAGGGGCCAGGCAGGCAGGUAACCCACUCGGGACCACCUCGCCGCGGGGCAGGGGAAGCCUUUCACCUCCCUCCCUUCCUCCCUUUCCUCCUCCUCCUCCCACUCUUUUUCCUCUCCUCUCCGUUUCCAGUGAUGGUUUUCAUGGGUGGCACUGCCAGGUUUGGAAAUGACCUGGCUCACCCAGAAAUUCCCGGGAAAACCACUUUUUUCUCAUGAUCUCCCCUGCCCUCCCAGCUGUGGUGUGGGGUUUUUUUUUUUGACAGCGCCACAGAAAAAACAGGUGAAAAGAAGCAAAAAAAAGCAACAGCGGCUUGGCUGCGGGUAGAUGGGCUGCUUCCUCCCAAGGUGCUAAAAAAAGAUUGGGGGGGGGCUUUAAUGUUGUUUUUUCCUUCCCCGUGCCCCCAAGAUGUGCUGGAGAGGAGGGUCCUGGCUCGGCGGUUCAGCCUCAGUGCUCGGAGCUUGGGAGUAGCAAUGGGAGGGUGCUGCGAAUUUGGGGGGACAAGCAACUGGAGGGAGGUGGUGAGGUGGGGAGGGGGACAUGUCAGGAAAUGCCCACACUGCUGCCCGGGGCUGUCUAUGUUGGGGUAGAGGGUUUGGGAAGCAUGUCUGGGGGAAUGAUGGAACAUGAAAACCAAUAGACCAGCUUCUGUCCUGCAUUGCAGGAUAAGCAGGAGAUGUUCCAGGCGACUUUAACAUGAGCAAUAAGAACAAGGUCAAAGACCAAAAAUACAUGUAAAAAAUGCCUGUCACCUGGCGGUGACUUUUUAGCCAGUACUGCCCUUGGCCAGCCUUGAGCUGAUACUGAUGCGCAGCCUCCCCAGGACCACCAGCCUCAUCCCUGCACCCUUGUACCCAGUGCCUGUGGGGCAUCAACUUCCAAAGAGGGAAAUGGGGACGACUGGGAAGCCAGGAAUGGAUUUUAGGGGCAGUUACAAAGAAAGGAGAGAGGAAGAUUAAUCUGCGUCCUUUUUGUCGCUUGGGAGGGGCUGAAAGGGAGAUGAUUAAUGCCGUUAAAAAAUAUUGUGCCAAGUACUAAACGUAUGCACAGCACUUUAGGAGCCUAGGGCUGCGUGCAGCUUGCUUGGUGUCAGGCCAGCUCUGGGCACAGGGUCUGCCUGGAGGAGUUACAGUCCUCAAAACCUCCCCAGAGUGGGGUCAGGCAGCCUGCUGUGUCCCCGAGGGGUAUCCCUGAGGGGUGUCCCGGAGGGGGCUGCCGCGGUUUCGGUGCUUAGGGGUGUGCAGCCUCCCAGGUGAGGGCAUCCAGCACCUCCAGGUGCAGUGGCAGGGGAAGGUGGGCUUCCCUGGGGGAUGAACGCUGGUAGGGAGGAGGUUUUGGGGGACAGAGAGGUGGAGUCCGAGGAAGGCAAGGCUUGGCAGAUAGACCAGUUUGGUAUCGCAAAGCAGGAUCUCUUGGGAGCACGUGCGUGGCGUGGGUGCAUCCGCUGGCCCUGAUGGUGUCGCUUCCCUGGCUGUCCGAUGAGCAGGAUGGGGCAUCUCGAGGGGCACUGUUUAGUAAGCUCUUCAGGUGUCCAGGGCUU